AUGUCUCGUCCUACAGUCCAUGUCGAGAGAAUUCUUCGAUCAAAGAAUAGUACUGAAGAAACAAGUGAUGGUUCAAUGAAUCCUUCUCUUGACCUGUAUAAUACAAGUUCCACAUCAAUGUUUCGAACAACACCAACCAAACUUUACAAUCACACACUAUUACAAGUACGACCACAGCAACAACCUCGACAACAACAUCAGCAACUACGACAACAACGACAACGACAACAUCGACGACAGCAACUACGACAACAACCUCAACGACAACGACAACUACAACAACUACGACAGAAACUACAACGACAACGACAACGACUUCUACGACAACAACUUCAACUUCAACAACAACUUCAACAACAACAACUACGACGACGACAACUUCAACU